UCAAUCGAAAAAUAAAUGACAGUUCGACAGUGACAACUAAUAAUAUUAUUCGUCAUUUCAUUAAAGUUAAAUUACCACAAUAUUUUACCAUAAAAAUUUAUCCAUCAUUCACAUUUGAAUUGUGAUCUUAGGUAGAUUACAUUUAAAAGUUUAAGAUGGAAAUAUCAUUUAAGGGAAAACGAAUACUAGUUACCGGCGCAGGGCAAGGUAUCGGUCGAGGCAUAGCAGUUGAACUUUGGCGAGCUGGAGCCAAUAUAGUAGCACUAUCUAGAACAAGAUCGCAUUUAGAAACCUUACAAAGUGAAUAUCCCUCUAUCGACAUUGUCGAUGUGGAUUUAGCAGAUUGGGAGAAAACUCGUGCUGUUGUUGAAUCAUUGGGACAUUUUGAUGCAUUAGUGAACAAUGCAGCUAUUGCAAUUUGUGAACCAUUCCUUAAUUGCACCCCCGGGGACUUUGACAAGACCUUUGAUAUAAAUGUAAAAGCUGUCCUCAACAUUAGUCAAGUGGUUGCUCGGAAAAUGGUAGAAAAUAAAACACAUGGAGCAAUUGUCAAUAUAUCUUCUCAAGCUUCAAAGGCAGCAUUAAAAGACCAUGCUAUUUAUAGUGCAUCAAAAGCUGCACUUGAUGCAUUGACCCGGGCAAUGGCAUUGGAACUCGGCCCACAUGGUAUAAGAGUGAAUGCUGUCAACCCAACUGUUAUUAUGACUGCAAUGGCCAAAGUCGGAUGGUCAGAUCCAGAUAAAGCUGCAGAGAUGAAAGCUAAAAUACCACUGGGAAGGUUUGGAGAAGUGUCAGAGGUAGUAAAUGCUGUAGUUUUCUUGCUAAGUGAAAGAUCUAGUAUGAUUAAUGGAGUCGAAUUGCCUAUUGACGGAGGAUUCCUUGCCACAUAAAUAACAAAGUAUUUUAAAACAUUGAUUACUUAUUAGGGUUUUGUAUCUGAUUUUUUGUCAAUGAUCUAAUGUUCCAAGAUCUGUUAAUUUGAAUAUUUUUUUAUGUAUCUUAAGUACCAAAGAAAGUUUUAUUGUCUAAUUAAAUACUAUUUU